GAUGUUACAUCAUCUCUCUGAUUGGAAAAGAGGGAGGGAGACGAGGAGAAUAAAGUAGCCGUCUGGCAGAAGGUGGUGCCCGCUCCUCGCCCCUGCUCCCCUGCUCCCCUCCUCCCCGGCGAUGAACGUCUCCGAGGGCCGUCUGCUCUGCUUCCCCGGCCUCAACUCGUCCUGCACGCGGCUGCCCAAACCCCGCUCCGAGGCGGCUCUGCUCUACGCCCUGCUGGCCUGCGUCUCCCUGCUCACCGUCGCCCUCAACCUGCUGGUCAUCGUCUCCAUCGCCCACUUCCGGCAGCUCCACAACCCCACCAACACCCUGCUCCUGUCCCUGGCCGUGUCCGACCUGGUGGUGGGGCUGCUGGUGAUGCCGGUGGAGGGCCUGCGCUACACGGAGACCUGCUGGCUGCUGGGAGAGCUCAUGUGCGCUCUGGCCCCUUACGUUUCCUACAGUCUGCUCUCCGCCUCUGUGGGCAACAUGGUGCUCAUAUCCAUAGACCGCUACAUGGCUAUCUGUGACCCCCUGCUGUACGCCUCCAAGAUCACCCCGAACAGAGUUAAAGCAUCGGUGUGUGUGUGUUGGUCCUGUUCCAUCCUCUACAACGGCUGCAUUCUGAUGGGCCACCUGGGGCAGCCGGACAGGUUCAGCUCCUGCUAUGGGGAGUGCGUGGUGGUCAUCAGCCACGUCGCAGGCACAAUAGACCUGUUCUUGUCCUUCCUCGGGCCCUGUACAGUCAUGGUGGUUCUCUAUAUGAGGGUGUUUGUAGUUGCCGUUUCCCAGCUGCGUGUCAUUCGGUUGCAGAUUGUCGCUGUUAAGGUUACUCCGUCCGCUAAAAGAUCAGAGAGGAAGGCAGCCACGACUCUUGGGAUUGUGAUAGCCGUGUUUCUGAUGUGCUUCUGCCCGUAUUACUAUCCCUCCCUAGCAGGCGAGGACACCUCCACUAGCUUGUCUUAUUACGCCCUGGUGUCUUGGAUCAUGCUGUUGAACUCCUGCGUCAACCCUCUGAUCUAUGCUCUGUUUUACCCCUGGUUCAGAAAAGCUAUCAAACUCAUCAUCACCCUCAGAAUACUGCAGCCUCACUCCCAGGAGUACAAAUUGCUGUAG